AUAAUAAUAAACAUAACCUCAAAUUUUACACAAACACGCAAAAGUUGACAACAAUCCUCAGAGAAUUCUGACGCAUUUCUCCACCUUCGUGACCUGCGUAGUGCAUUUUAUCUUUUUCAUUCCGCAUACAUAAAUACAUAAAUAAACAUGAAUCUCACAGAUUUAUCUUUUUAAAGAAAACAUAAACAUGUAAUUUUGCCAAAAUUGAUAUUUUAGAUAUAUUGUUCAAUGUUUUCAAGAAAGGAACAGCUGAUUCAACGCACCGGUAAAAGUGGAGUCGGACGUUUCUCAUUUUUAAAACUCUUAAUUGAAGAAUACCGUAACACCAAAUCUCGAGACGCAAAGGAACAAGUUUUGGCAAAUCUCGCUAAUUUUGCCUACGAUCCAGUUAAUUAUGAUUAUUUAAGAACAAUACGAAUAGCAGACUUGUUUCUAGAAGUUCUCUCUGAAAAUAACAAAAAUCUCGUACGAUUUGCUAUUGGUGGUAUUUGCAAUUUAUGCUCUGAUCCCUUGAAUAGAGAGUACAUUCUGCGAAAUCAGGGAAUAUCGUUAGUCUCCCCUCUUUUAUCAUCAUCUGACGAAGAAACAGUUUUGUCCGCAAUUACAACUCUCAUUUUUCUAAUAACUCCCGAGUCAAAGGAGGAAAUUGUCACCAAAGAAAUAAUUAACUGUAUGAUUAGUUUUUCUAAAGUGAAGAACGCACGUUUACGAAAUUUAUCGACUGUUUUCCUCACGGAUUAUUGUGACCCAAAGGAAGUGGAGAGAAUUCGAAAUACUUAAUAGAAAUAUUAAACAAAUAUAAACAAAACAUCAAUGAAUAAAUUAGCAUUCAAUAGGGAAAAGCAAAUAAUUUCCACAAUGAAGGCAAAGACAUUUCGCACUUUAUUUACUUCAGUUAAGAAAUAUUGUACAAUUCCAGAGGUGGAAUCAAGUCAAACAAAUCUCGUUCAAACGAACCUAAAACCAGGAAGUCGAGUUUCAAUUCUUCGAGUCAUCACCAAAGAGGAUGUUCUUGCUUUUGCUCAAUUAACAAAUGAUUAUAAUCCAAUUCACGUGAAUUCAGAGAAGAACAUUGCGCACGGUGCAUUUUUAAAUGGAUUAUUGUCCGGAAUUCUCGGCACAAAAUUACCAGGACCUGGUACUCUAGUUGUCGAGCAAGUGUUGAGGUUCCCAAAGCCAUGUUACGUUGGUGACACAGUUGAACUUUCUGUCGAAAUUGUCGCAGUGAGAAAAAUCAUAAAAUGCAAAUACAAAUGCAUAGCAAAUACAAAUCGUGUCGUAUUAGAAGGCGAGGCCAAGCUCAUAAAAAACGAAGACAUAACUCAAAAAAUCCAAAGUUCGAAUUAACUUGACUUCGA